UUAAUUUCUCAUUUCCUAUCAUAUAUUAUUAGCACGUAAUACUGCAUACUAAUGGCUCAAAUUCACAGGCUACAUGUUCAAGACAAAGCAAAAAACUGCUCAGCAGACCGAUUUUAUAAUUUUCUUAAGACUGAAAGGACCAAGCUCCCACAGGUUUUUCCUCUUGUCUUCAAGAGUGUCCAGAUUCUUGCAGGUGAUGGAAAGAGUGUAGACAGUAAGGCUCUCGAAAAGUGCCAUGCAUGGGGACUCCUAAUUUGGUGACACUGACGGAUAAAACUGAAGCCGUGGACGAUGAAAGUAGGACUCUCGGUUUCAGUGUCAUCGAUGGAGAUCUCUUACGUGUAUAUACUAAGUUUGAGUACAAAUUGACUGUAAAUCCUCUACUUACGCAAGGAGGCGAUAAGCAAAGCUUCCUAGUGGAAUGGUUUGUGGAAUAUGAGAAAAAAAAUGAAGAUGUCCCUGAUCCUACUGAGUAUAUGGAGUUGGCAAGUAAUAUUACAAAAGCCGUGGCUAGCCACCAUGACGGAAUGUCUUAAUUCAUGCACACAUGACAAGGUUGUACUAAUGAUGCUAUUAUUAGCUUAAGCAUGCUUUGCAUAAAUAAAACUUCGAUGAAUCCGUCUAAGCAUCGUCC